AGAGAAAAUUUAAACAAAGAUCUACCAUACAUAAUAGCCAAAAAAGAAAAAAAGAAAAAAAGAAGUCAAAGUAUAUGAAGAUCCUAGUCAUCUAAUCGUACGGCUGUGAACAGAGGUGUACAUAUCACUAAAAUAAAAUUGCAACAUGGAAUCACGCACCAAAGCAUACUUUUAAAAUCGACAUUGGAACCGCGUCUUCUUUACUCUUUCUGCAAGAUUGUCGUGUGAGAACAGUGAACAGACUCACACUUCAACUCUUAAGCUUCGGUCUCUUCUUCUCUCUUCAUCUUUCUUUGGAUUCUGUAUCCAUUUCUGAAUCCAGCCAGAGCCAAAAGGUUUUGGACUAUGAAUGAUCCACGGGUGAGAUCGUUCCAGAUCAGUCCUGGAGACUUAGAGGCUGCUCAGCUUGAUGAUCUCAUAAGGGAGAUAGAGCAGAAGAGCCUCUUUUACCACCAAGAGAAGAAAAAGUCGUUGAGAGCUCGUUAUAUCUAUGGAACCAUCUUCUUGAUUAUAAAUCUGUGCGCUUGGUUCAUCCGAGACUAUGCACAAAAGGCUCUGACCUUGCUUCCACGUAAAGUCAUUAUCUUUUGGGAUCUAUCUUAUGUUAAUUUUGACAUCUUUAAUGUAGAAUCUAAUGUUAAAGCAGAUGUUAGUAGUUGUGGACCAGAAGGAAGUCAUUGUUUCCAUACUCUUGGGGUACUCAGAGUGAGUCUUGGAUGUUUCAUAUUUUUCCUCAUUAUGUUCCUCUCAACAUGGAACACAAUGAAACUCCACCAAGCUCAAAACACUUGGCACUCAGAUAACUGGUCCUUCAAGUUUCUCCUGCUGGUUUCAGUCAUGGUUGCUACUUUCUUCAUACCUCAGCUUUACAUCCAAAUUUACGGAGAAAUCGCGCGUGUUGGUGCAGGGAUAUUUCUUGGACUUCAACUAAUAAGUGUGAUUGAAUUCAUCACUUGGUGGAAUAACUACUGGAUGCCUAAUAACCAAAGCAAGCAAAGCUGCUCUUUUGGUUUUGUCAUGUCAAUAGUUUUCUACAUCGGCUCUGUUUGUGGGAUCGCGGUGAUGUACUACUUCUAUGUAGCUUCAACUGCUUGUGCCCUCAAUAUAUUCUUCAUCUCAUUGACUGUUAUUCUUCUAAUCAUUAUGAUGGUUAUGUCCUUACAUUCCAAGGUGAAGAGCAGCCUUAUGUCAUCUGGGAUUAUGGCUUCCUACAUUGUGUUCUUAUGUUGGUCUGCCAUCAGAAGCGAACCUUCACAUACCAAAUGCAAUGCGCAUACCCAAAACGGUCAUACCGAUUGGAUUACAGUACUGAGUUUCCUUAUAGCUAUAGGAGCCAUUGUGAUGGCAACAUUCUCAACCGGGAUCGAUUCAGAAUCGUUCAGCUUCCAGUUCCGUAAAGACGAAGCUAAAGAAGAAGAUGAUAUUCCAUAUAGCUAUGGAUUCUUCCAUCUUGUGUUUUCCUUAGGAGCAAUGUACUUUGCUAUGUUGUUCAUCAGCUGGAACCUCGAGCAUUCAGCUCGGAAAUGGAGCAUGGAUGUUGGGUGGACAAGCACAUGGGUGAAGAUAGUGAAUGAGUGGUUUGCCGCAGGGAUAUACCUGUGGAAGUUGAUUGCACCUAUUGUGAGACAGCCUAGGGUUCAUGAGCAACCUCAGCCAACAACAACAGAAGUUAGCAGAUAGAUAGGUGGAGUGAAUUAUCACUGUCAUUGCUCACUUUUUGAAGUUAAUACAGAAACAGUUCCAUCUCCAUUUUCUAAAAAGCUUUUUUUUUACCAAGUUCAUUCACUUUUUUUUACCUUAAUGUGAUUUCAUUAAGAACAUAAUCCAAUGUACAAUUUGUGGUGAAGUCAGAACAAAAGAAAAUAUUUUCUUCGAUAAUUCAACUAGAUAUUAAGAGAUAUAUAGAUUCUAUGAUUCUUGAAACUCUGUAAUAAUUGCAUUGUGGAUGUAUAUGUAAGCAAGACAUCAAAGAGUAAUGACAUAAAAAAACAGCUGGAUCGAUUUCAUGAACUUUGUAUCAUGAUGUUUCACUGUUGCAAAAGAAUAAGAAUCUCGUUGUCUUAUUAAUACUGAUCAAUAUUCCUUGUCAUUUAAAUGUUCUGCAACAAAGAAAACAAAACGCAUAAUCUUCCACAUUUAAAUUUAUCUUUGACGACAGCAACAAAUGUGGUUACUAAAUUAACGGUUAGAAAAUAAAAAUAUUUAAGAAAGUAAACCUAUUUAAAAUAGAAUCCAGCUUGAGUUAUGACUCUUAUGAGACACUAAGAGCAUCAUUGAGAUACCAUAAAAGAUCUCUCAUAUAAUUUUUGGACAAUAAAAAAAAUGAUGGCCAUUAAUAAAUUGACAGCGAGAAAAUAAGUUUCUUCCCACAUACAUAUAGUCCCUUGAAGAAGAGACGUCCCUCUCUCUUUCCUUCCUGUUUUGUAUUCUUUUUAUUUUUUUAUUGUUCAGAAACGUUUUGAAAAACUGUUGAUGCUCAUGCUCUAAUGAUCAUUUUAAGUCUGCCAAAAGGAGCCCAAGCACAAAACUAGAGGUAUCCAAGACCAUUGUUGACUUUGUUCUGAGACACUAAUGAAGUCUUUGAAAAUCUGCCAAACGGAGCACAAACAUCAAUAGAGGCAUUCAAGAAACCAUUGUUGACUUAGGUCUGAGAAACCUAUGAACUAUGAAGUCUAUAAAUCUGUAGAGACAUACACAAUUCAUUAAAAGAAAAAUGAAGCUUGUAUUUAUUUUUCUGUAUCUUAUACUUUCUUUGCAUUUUGGGUCGAGUGAAGCUAAGUGCCACAAAAACACCGUAGCUUUUCAAAACAACCUUACUCUUAGCAAAAGUGUGCUCAAAGUUCAUUGCAAAUCCAGAGACGAUGAUCUUGGGGACCAUUUCCUGAGAUUUCAAGAUGCUGCAUACAAUUUUAGUUUUCAUGAUCAUUUCAUUCUGUACACAAGAUUCAAAUGUAUCUUGUCGAAGGGUGCUAAUCUUGAAUACCAUAAGACUUUUCUAGGAUAUGAAGCAGAUAAGUAUAGAAGAUGUGGCGCGUUAUACGCAUGGGAAGCACGAGAUGAUGCUAUUUACUUAUCAACAAAGGAUGAGCCGACAAAGCUCAUGUAUAGUUGGGAUAAAGAUUAAUGUUCUAACUACUAAGUUCUUUUUUCAUCUUACGGGCUAGCUAUGUUGCCUCUUUCUUGGUGCUUGAAUAAACACCAAAAGCAAAAGAAUAAGAAUUUCGUUUUCUUAUUAUUUUUUCUCAAUAUUUCUCACCAUACCACUUGUGUGCCUGGACUAGUGACUAAGUGGGUUUUGUUGCGCUCCUACUUUUCCCGGUAGAGAAAGUGGAUUAAACAUGUUUCAUUUUAAGGUCAAAGACUGGCUCGGGUUGAAAAGUGAUAUUAAAGCCGAAGGCCAACUUUUUUUCUUGCAAUAACAAAAAAGGUAUCACCAUUAGUAGGUUCCGUAACAAAGGAACAAAACGUAGAAAUUUUUCUUUUUAAAUUAACAUUUAAAUUUCUCUUUGAGGAUAGCAACAAAUGUGGUUACUGAAUUUGACGGUUAGGAAAUAAAACUAUUAAGAAAGUAAAUACUCCCUCCGUUAAAGAACAUAAAUUGUUUUAAAAUUAUGCACAUAGAUUAAGAAAAUCACUAAUUUCUUAUAUUUUUUGAAACAAAAACAUCAUUAAUUAUUUACCUAACCACAAUUCAACCAAUAGAAAAAUAGAAAAUAUAUUAUCAUUGGUCAAACAACAUUAAUUAUUAAUAAAUAUUACAUAGAAAACUGAAAACGACAUAUAAUUUGGAACAAAAAAGUUUUUCUAAAACGGUUUAUAUUGAAAAACGGAGGAAGUAUAUUUUAAUUACAAUCCAGCUCAAUUUACGAGACACUAAUGAAGUCUUUAAAAGUCUGCCAAAUAGAGCACAAACACCAAUAGAGGUAUCUCAAGAAACCAUUGUUGACUUUGGUCUGAGAAACCUAUGAAUGAAGUCUAUAAAUCUGUAGAGGCACACACAAUUAAUUAAAAUAAAAAUGAAGCUUGUAUAUAUUUUUCUGUAUCUUAUAUUUUCUUUGCAUGUUGAGCCGAAUGAAGCUAAGUGUCUUAAAAACACCGUAGCUUUUCAAAACAACCUUACACUUAGCCGUAGUAUUCUCAAAGUCCAUUGCGAAUCCAGAGAUGAUGAUCUAGGCGAGCAUUCUCUUGAAUUUCAAGGCAUUGCAUACAGUUUUAGUUUUCAUGAUAAUGUCAUUCUUUUUACAAGAUUCAAAUGUAUCUUGCGGAAGGGGGCUAAUUUUGAAUAUCAUAAAGACUUUGUGGCAUAUGAAGGAGCUGUGUUUCGUGAAUGUGGCCUGUUAUACAUAUGGGAAGCACGAGAUGAAGCUAUUUACCUUUCAAAAAAUGGCGAGCCGAUGAAGCUCAUGUAUAUUUGGGAUAUAGAUUAAUGGUCUAACUAAAGUUCUUAUAUCAUCUUAUAAGAUAGCUAUGUUGCCUCCGCUUUCUUAGUGUGCUUGAAUAAACACCAAAAUGGAGUAUAAGAUGUAUGAUCUCUAUUUGCUUUA